AUGGAUAAAACGCCUAUACAUGAUCCAUCAAUGACACCAUCAGCAUCAACAAUGCCAUCAACAACCAAUAGUGCUCUACAAACGAAAACGAUGGUCUAUGUUUGCGGUGAAUGCCAUAAAGACAACGAAUUAAGAUCAACUGAUGUAAUUCGAUGUACUGACUGUGGUUAUCGUAUAUUAUAUAAGAAACGAACAAAACGUUCAACUGUUUACGAUGCUCGUUAA